AUGUCCGCCUCAGACACAUCUUCGGUCUUCGAUGGCAGCUCUAGCGCACACAAACCCUUCCAGGGGCAUGAGAAAAGAGUACUCUCAGUUGCUUACUCGCCUGAUGGCAACUGGAUUGCUUCUGGGUCUCAAGAUGAGACGAUCCGAAUCUGGGACUCGAAUACCGGCCUGCCAGUCGGUAAACCUUUGAAAGGUCAUAAAGGCGACGUCAACUCCAUCGCCUUUUCUCCCGAUGGAAGGUCUAUUGUCAGCGGAUCUGACGACAAGACCCUUCGUGUCUGGGACGCCCUGACGCAGGAAGGACACACUGGCAAAGUCAAUAGUGUCAAGUUUACCCCUGAUGGUGCUUGCAUUGUCAGCGCCAGUAAGGACAAGACUAUUCGCGUAUGGGAUACUCGGACUGGGAAAGCCUCGAAGCCUUUCAAUGGACACACCGCCUCAGUAUACUCAGUCGCUUAUUCACCAGAAGGGAACCGGAUCGCUUCUGGCUCCGCAGAUAAGACCAUCAGAUUCUGGGACUCGGAUACCGGUAUGCAGGUCGGAAAGCCCCUGGAAGGUCGUGAAGACGCGGUCAGAACCGUAGCAUUCUCUCCUGAUGGAAAGUACGUAGCUAGCGGGUCAUACGACAAGACGCUCCGCAUCUGGAACGCGCUGGAACAGAGGGCGGUUUUGGGUCCCCUCGAAGGACACACAGACUGGGUACUCAAGGUAGAGUAUUCCCCAGAUGGACACCUUCUUGCUAGCGGAUCUCGUGAUGGACACGUCCGGUUGUGGAAAGCGAACUCGGGAGAGCACAUCGGAACUCUCGAGCACCCCAGUGCGGUGCGAUACAUCUCCUUUUCCCCCUGCAGCAAACGUGUCGCGACUACCUGCAACGAUAAGCUGGUGCGAAUAUGGGAAGUCGCUUCGCGAGAACUCAUCCUGCCGCCCCUUGCUGAUCACAAAUCAUCUGUGCAGGUGGUAGUUCAUUCCCCUGACGGGACCUUGUUGGCGAGUGGCAGUCGAGACUGGACCAUACGAUUGUGGGACUCCCAGACCGGUAGACCCCUCAUGGCGCCUUUGAAGGGACAUAGGCUUGCCAUUUCCGAUCUGUGCUUCUCCUCGGAUAGUCAGAUGCUCAUCAGCGGGUCAGAAGACCGAAUGAUACGCUGGUGGAAUCCUCUAACGGGAGAAUGCGUAUGGAGCCCAAUAUACUGUGGCGCACGAGUGCGCGCCAUUUCGUGCUCUACGAGGCAGCAUGUGGCCGUUGCGAGUGGGUGGAGCGAUCCCCAAGUGUCUGUGCGAGACGUUACGACAGGAAUUCUCGUCCUCUCUAAGGAAACUGACAAACACCCUUCGAAAGGCGAACUAAUGUUUACGCCAGGCUUCACCCGAGCGCUAGCAUGGUCUCGCGGAACUCAGCUCGCGAGCGUAGGCUACGGUCAUACGGUCAAAGUCUGGAACUCGAAGACGGGGGUGGACACUCUCGAUGGCUUGUUUCAUCACACAGGAUUUAUUACAUCGAUCGACAUUUCUCCAAACGGCUUGCUACUUGUCAGCGGCUCUGAAGAUCGGACAAUAUGUCUGUGGAACAUGGCCAGUAAAGAACCCGUGAUGGAUCCUAUCGAAGGACAUACCGGCACCGUCAAGGACGUCAAGUUUACCCUCGAUGGAACCCGCAUCGUUAGCGCAAGCUACGACAAGACGAU